CACGUCUGCUCAGAAACUUUUGACUAUCUGUUAUCCCGCAUCUAGAUGGGGUUGCAUUUUGAAACUGUAUUUUUUCUGAUAGAGUCUCAGCCAGACGUCUGAAGACUUUCCUAAUUUGACUCUACCUUGGUUCUGUGUCCAAAUUUCACGGCAGCCAGACCUCAGGGACCAAUUUUUUUGUAUCCAGAUCACAGCUUGGAGUUGAAGCCGAGCUAAACCCGUCAUCACACAAAUCUUCAACAUUUCAGUACGAGAAAAAACGGAAUCGAACUUCACAGUCUGCAGGAACGACCUGGAACGUAUUGCAAACCUUUUUCUCGCUUAAAAUCAACCGGUACUAUCAAGAAUUCAUUCAAAUGAAUCGGACUCUUAUUUUUAGUGACUUUAACAAACUUCAAAUUGUGAAAGAAAUGCGUUAAACGUAGGCCUAUGCUUUUAACAGACGAACAAACACCGAUAGUUUUUUCUUGAUCAUGCUUUACGAGGGAAAAUGGACCAUGAUGAAGACGUCAUCUCUGGAGAGCUCUGGAUGUGAUACCCACAGAACAUAUUUACGCGCUUUUGUUUGUUUUCACGCGUCCCACUGAGGUGAAACUGCAUGGCGCCACAGUCCUAAAGACCCUCAAAAGUGUCCGGUUGCCUCGUCGUGAUUGGAUCAGCGACUUUCCACACCGAGCCGUGUGGCUAAUGGCUCCGGUUCUCUGGUUUCUCCUCAGAGGAUAGACCCCCCCCUCCAACUCCACCACCGCCCCUCAUCUGUGCUAGCCUUCCUCGGUUUUCCAAUUCGGAAUGACAUCAUGUCGCUCCGAGCUCUGUGUGGAACAGCAUCCAACCCCAGCUCUCUGGGUCUAACGCGUGUGCACAUCGCUGCUUGCUAGCUUCACCCAGAGCGUCCAGCACUAACACAAGAGGAAGAGGAGGAGGAGGAGGAGGAGGAGGAAAGGGACAGAGGGAUGAAGAUGCCCAGGAGUACGUGCUGUGACUUCGCCGUGGUGGUAGCGCCCGCUGGGCCCCGUGUCCUCCGGCUCCUCUGCUGAGCCGCGCGCCGGCCCGGUGGAGAUGCGGUGGAGCUCCGGGCUCGUCCAGCCAGGAUGCCCAUCACCCAAGAGAACGCGGCGAGCCACCUCCUGCUGCUGGAGCGCUGGCUGACUGAGCAGCAGCAGCGGCAGCAGAAUGGGGAUGAGCAGGAGCAGAGGCCUGCAGGCGGCCUGGGCCCUGGCCUGCCCCACUGCCAGGCGGCCAUUCGGAAGCUGGCGGAGUACAUCCAGCUGAACUUUCUGGAGGGGGACGAGGCACCGCCACCUUCGGAGCCCGCGCUUAGGGAGGAGUCCGAGGCGGAGGUGCGCCCCGUGUACCUGACCAAAGGCGACGGGGACGACGGAGAGAGCGCGGAGUUCGGCCUGAGCUUCGGGAACAUCCCCAUCUUCGGGGACCCGGACGGCCGGAAGAAGGGCGGGCGGCGGAGGCGUAGGAAGGGGGAUAAGGGCCCCGUGCUGGACGUGGGCUGCAUCUGGGUCACAGAGGUGAAGAAGAAGAGCCCGGCCUCGCGCUGUGGAGAGAUCAAGCUCAGGGACGAGCUGCUGUCACUCAACGGUCAGCUAAUGGUCGGGGUGGACGUCACUGGAGCCAGUUACCUGGCAGACCAGUGCUGGAAUGGCGGCUGCAUCUACCUGAUCAUGUUGCGGAGGAUCAAGCGGAAGGCCCCUCUCCCUCCGUGCAACGGCAGCAUCGGUAGUGGCGGCGGUGGUGGUGGCGGUAGCGUGGGUGUGGUGGACGGCCCCGGUGAGCACCGGCCCAGCGCCCAGCCAGAGUCGGUGGGGAGCCCCACGCUGAACGGCAAGCGGACACGCAAGUUCGGCGUGAUCUCCCGCUCCUCGUUCACGCGCGACAGCAAGGACAGCCGCGACUUUGAGCACGAGAAUGGCUACGGCUCCACGGAGACCGAGGCCACGCCCUCCGAACCCGGCACCCCCAUGGACACUCCCACUGAGGACACUCCCACAGGACGGCUGAUUGGUCCUCCUGGCCCUCCGUCUUUUCCUCUGGCCAAUCACAUGGCUAUAGGGAGCACGGCCACUCUGCCGGCCCGCCCCCGUGCACGACUUUCGGACAACUACAAGACUGAGUCUCUGAACAGUGAACCCACCUGUCAGCCCAGAGAAGGGAGUCGCAUAUGGAAGAUGCACAUGGUGAAAGGGCAGGAUGGGUUGGGCAUCCAGAUCACCGGCGGCCGCGGCUCCAAGCGCUCCCCCCAUGGCAUCGUCGUGGCCCACGUGGAGGAAGGAGGGGCCGCUCAGAGGGACGGCAGGCUGAAGGCCGGAGACGAGCUGCUGAUGAUUAAUGGCCAGUCGCUGGUGGGGCUCUCGCACCACGAGGCUGUGGCCAUCCUGCGCCUUACCGCCGCUGGCCUCGUUCAGCUGGUGGUGGCCAGCAGGGACGAGUCGGAGGUGGACUUCCACAAGUACCCGUCGACCAGCCUGCCCGACCUGGUGAGCACGUGCCAGGCCCAGGACGCCUCGCCCUCCCCCAGCGAGGACAAGGAGAACAUGGAGCCGGAAGUGGAGGACGUGACGGCCAGCAGCCUCUCACAGCCACCACACCAGACGUUUUCAGAUCUAGACAAGCUUGAGGACCGGGGGCGCAUGGAGGUGUCCAAGGGAAGCUGCCGCAGCCCCACGCCCAUGAAGUUCCGCAGCAGGUCACAAGGAGGAGGCAGCCGUUUGGAGUCGGUAGGGGAGGAUGACGAACUGAUUGUGGAGAACGGAGACACAGGAAGUGAUGUGGCAGACAAGCCAGCGAGAGGCGGGCGCAAGCACUCCCUGCCUCAGCAGCUGGAUACUGCAGGCGUUAGACAGGAAUAUCAAAUAGUGAAGAAAUCGGCACGAUCUCUGAGCACCGUUCAAGUGGAGUCACCAUGGCGACUGGCCCAGCCGUCUAUUAUCUCUAACAUAGUCCUGAUGAAAGGACAGGGGAAGGGCCUGGGCUUCAGUAUCGUGGGCGGUCAGGACUCGGCCCGGGGCAGGAUGGGCAUCUUUGUGAAGACCAUCUUCCCCAGCGGAGCUGCGGCCGCAGACGGACGCCUCAAAGAGGGUGAUGAGAUACUGGAGGUGAAUGGGGAGUCUCUCCAAGGCCUUACUCAUCAGCAAGCCAUCCAGACGUUUAAGCAGCUGAAGAAGGGCGUGGUGACCCUGACGGUGCGCACGCGCCUGCGCAGCCCAAGCCUGACCCCGUGCCCCACGCCCACCCUGCUGAGCCGCUCCAGCUCGCCCAACUCCAACACCAGCGGCGGCACGCCCGUCCCGCCCGCCUUCGAGGACGCGGAGGCCCGCCGCGGGCCCGGCCCCAAGGACCGCAUCAUCAUGGAGGUCUCGCUCAACAAAGAGCCGGGUGUGGGGCUUGGCAUCGGUGCCUGCUGCCUGACCUUGGAGAACGGCAGCCCUGGGAUCUACAUCCACAGCCUGGCCCCGGGCUCUGUGGCCAAGAUGGACGGCAGACUCAGCCGAGGAGACCAGGUGCUGGAGGUGGACUCUGUGAGUCUGCGGCACGCAGCCCUCAGUGAAGCGUAUGCCAUCCUGAGCGAGUGUGGACCCGGCCCAGUCGGCCUCAUCAUCAGCAGACAUCCAAACGCUAAAGUUUCCGAGCAGGAGAUGGAUGAUGUUAUUGCGCGCUCCACACACAGAGACAGCCUGAGCAAGGACAGCCACUCAUCACACACACUCGGUCUCCCAUCAAAGAGCCCAUCACCGACCGUCAAAGCCAAGCAGGUAGAGGGCAACCUUAGCUGGACUAUGAAGAGAUUCCUGGAGCCAGCUAGCAGGCAAGGGUCUUUGAGUUCAGAGGCUGAGCUGUCGCAGUACUUCUCCCAAGACAUUCCCAGCCAGUCCUCGCUCUCCGAAACCAUGGCGAUGGGAUCAAGCGACGACGACAUGCUUCACCACCGUAGCUGCAGCACCUUACUGGAUGAGUCAGGGGUGCAGCCCCUUGGGUAUAAGCCCAACGGGUCUGUGGGAGCGGAGGCCGUGUACGCCGAGGCCGCUGGGAAGGCGUGUGGACCAGUAGCGAGGCAGGCCAGUGUGGGCAGCAGCCCCAGCUCUGUCCGCAGCCCCCUGCUCCGCCAGCGGCGGGUCCUCUGCUAUGAGGACGAGGCCAGCGACGAUGAUGCCGACCCUGAGGAUGCCAUGACGCCGAUGGGACUGCCUCUCUACCGAAGGCCAGCGCACCGGGAGGCGGCAGCGGCAGGGGCGGCAUCGGGGAGCACCGCAGACUUGCAGGCCCGGCUGCAGGAGGACGACUCGGGCAUCGUGGUGGCGACGUCGUCGGUGGAGGUGGAUGAUGAGAGCCAGGACGGUGGAGGUGGCACGGUAGGCAACAGCUCUCUGGAGUCGGAGGAUGGAGGUGCCGUACCGCCCGGAGCCGAGUCGCCCUUCAUGCCCAUACGCUGCUUCGACCAUGACAGAGGAGGAGGAGGAGGAGGCGCAGGAGGAGCAACGAGCAACCUGGGUGUGAAGAAGGAGUCGUACCGCGACGGUCCCCCCGAGCCCAAGCGAUCGCCCAAGCUGGAGCACAAGGCCGUCACGCGCGUCAAGAGCAUGAUGAGCAUCGAAUGCCCCAAUCCCCCGCACCGCGCCAAGGGCGACGAGCCCGUCACCGUCACCCCGUCGCCAGCGUUGCCCGGCCACACGGGCACCCUGACCCGCUCGGCCUGCCGCGGCACCCACCACUGCCGGCGCGGCGAGCCCAGCGAGCUGGCGGGCAUCUGCACCAUCGAGACGGUGGUCCUGAGGAGGAGCGAGAGCGAGUCGUUUGGGCUGGACCUGGAGAUCAAGUCGUCCCCUCUCAAGGUCAUCAUCACUGGCCUGAGGCCGGGCGGUGCCGCAGAGAGGGAAUCCAUGGGGAAGAUGAGCGUGGGCGAUGAGAUCGUGGCGAUCGGGGACACACUGGUCUGCUCCUCGUCCUAUCAGGAGAUCUGCGAUCUGAUGCACAACCUUCCCGUAACACUGACCUUAGAGAUUCAGAAACCCGUUUCAGCUGUAGAUCGACUUUCCUGCCUGAUGAUGUCAUCAAGCUGUGAUGGACCUUCCAGAAUUCCAGAUUCCUGGAGAACUAGUUUGGAGGAAAAUGGCUGCCUGGAAGACAAGAGCAUACCAACUCAGGAGCGCACCUCCUCCGACCAAAACUCCAAGGAGCGCCUAAACAACCACAGCAGCGAUGUGCCCGUCACCGACAUCGACGACUUUAUCACCGAGCUCUCCAAGCAGGAGCAACAGGACAACUCAAUGGGCGCACAUCAGGCAGGAAGCCCAGAAACCACCACAGACCCCACCGGCAGCACCACGCAGCAGAGAGAGGACGAGGAGAGAGGCUCCAAGGGUCAGCCUCAGGCCCCAGCACGGCCCAGCCUCUUGGAGUUCUCCACACUCGACUCAGGAACCCGUGGUGGCCUGCUGCCGGCAGGUAAGACGUUCUUGAACAGCUACUCGCGGAACUUCAGCCACCUGACGGAGACAGAGGCGGCUCCGUCCGAGACCAACGGUGAGAAGCCCGAGUCUGGGCCCGGGCCGGAACCCAAGCGCAUGUACGGCUCGGUGGAGGACAGUGACUCGGAGAGCGACUCCACCACUGAAAAGACUGUUCAGGAAAACACGAAAGACCCGGACCAUAUCACGGGCACUGGUGCUUGCCCCCAAGACACUGACGAGGAGGAGGAAGAGGUGGAAAUCUGCUACGAUGCUCCCAUAAGGACAGAGCAGAAUCAGUCGAACAUCAACGGGCCUCUCUCUCCUCCACCUUAUACUCCACCACCCCCUCCUCAGGACGACUCCGUAAAAAACACAGAGCCCUUGCCAGCCUCAGAUACUCUCCAUAAAGCUGAGUUUGAACAGGCAACUUCCAGCCCUUCGCUCCCUGGAUCUCCAAGUGCCCAGUUCACCCAGUUUUCAGGCAGCUUAGCUGUUAAUGGCAAAAGCCAGAACAUUUUGGCCAAACCAGACCCAGAAUGCACCUCUGCUGGGACGACUGUGCCCACGUCUGAUGCCGAUGCUGUCAACGGCACGUCGGAGGCUAAUGAAAAGAUUUUGGCACCUGUCAAAACGGGCCAGUCGGGCAUCACUAGCACCCCUGUCACUCAGAACCACAUCACCCCACGCAGUCAGCAGAGGACAGCAAGGUUGCUGGCAAGCUCCCCACAGAGUUCGGAGAGAGUGCGCAGCACCUCACCGACGCCCGCUUCCAACGGAGCUGAGUCGAAGGCGCCCAACAGCAAUGAUGCCAAAUCAGGUGGAAAAGCAUCAGUACUGACAGCGAAAGAGAAAGAGAAAGGUCAGACAAGUCAGAGCGAGUCAAGGACGACUCUUACACAAAAUAACUCCUCUGCUCACUCACCAAGAAGUCCUGGAGUGAAGGAACAUCCUCAGGCCAACUGUAAGUUAAAGCCCCAAGAUAAUAAAACUCUAAAGUCGCAGAGCAACCCCCCCAAAUUGAAAGGCCUGACCAUAAAGAGUAAAAGCAAAGCACAGAACAGUGACCAGUCCCUCACCAAACCUGCACGUUCUGAAAGUCCAGUGCAGAGAAAAAGCAGCCCUUCCCCACUCCAGUCCCCCAAAGUCCAGGUCAAAAGAGUCGUCUCUGUUGGCAGCCCACGAAUAACCAGGACCUCAGAGAAGGGUAGCGUUUCUUCCUCGGGUCGACUGUGUGAAAGAACUCAGGAGAAGAACACGUGUAGCGCUGCAGGAACAAAUGCAUCUUCUGUGCAGGCUAAUGCAGCAAGCAGUUCGAAAGAGACUAGUAUUGUCCAACAGGCGGCAACAUUAUCUCAGGAACCUUCGAAGCAGAACGAUAAGGACAAGUCGGACGCAUCGACCACUCAGAGGACGUUCAUCGAGGUGCGUCUCUCGUCAUCCUCCCCCACGUCAUCCUCCACACCCCUCCUCGCACGCAAACAAACUGUGAACCCAUCCACCUCCAGCCCAGUCCCAGAAAGCAAGGUGACAGCUGGGGCCCUGAUCUCAAGUCAUUUAAAAUCCGAGGCUCAGCCGAAUCGGUCAAGAACACCGAGCCCCAAAUGUAAUAAUAAUUCACCCCAAACAUUUACAGCUGUUAGCUUUGCGGAAACUGUUGACAAAAGCCCUAGCACCUUGAGCAAUGGGUCAGGGGAUCACAGCCUCAGAAUGGCCAGUCUUCUGGAUGCUGGCGAUCACCUGAGGUCAAACAGGUCCAAACUGUACCUGAAAGCAAUGGAUCGCAGAAGUUACUCCACAGAUAUUGGAGGUCUGGCUGACCCCAACCCAUUCUCUGUGCGCCAGAGGAUCAAGUCCUUUGAGAACCUGGUCAGUUUUGACAAGGCAGUGGUCCGCUGUAUUGAUGUUCCGUACUACACCGCCAAGCCCCAGCUCAACCGGACGCUGUCGGGUUGUGUGGGCUCGGCCAAUGGUAACGGUCCAAUGGACUGUUCCCGCUCGCUAAGACGGAGUCUCAGCUCGUACGCAGACGAUCCUGUCUCGCCGCCCCCGUCACCCCAACUGCGCAAGGUCACGACCUCAGAUUCUCGGGCCUCCGGCUGUGGCAUGGGCCCGGUUCUGGAGGAACCCAAAGCGGACCGCUGCUCUCUAGCACCCCCCGUGCUGAGGCAGCGUAACUCCCGGGGCCCUGCCGGCCUGUCUCGCUCCAGGCUGAGGGAGCUGCGUGCCCUGAGUAUGCCUGAGCUCGACAAGCUCUGCACCGAGGAUUUCUCCUCUUCCUCCUCCUCGUCAUCCUCAUCUGGCGAGGCAGCCAGUAGUGUCACCUUCAAGACCGAGCUGGAGGUGCGACCACGCAAACCCGCGGAUCUGUCCUCCGAGGGUCUGCCGUACACGCUGGUGACCUCCAGGGUGAGCAGGAGUGAAGGCGGCCUGCAGGGGCCAGCACUGGAUGAGAACCACUACCAAGUGCCCAGAGCUAAUGGACAGACGUCAGCCUUUCCCAGCUGGUCCGUCAGCCUCGGCGAGCUGUCGGCGGCCUCCCUGGAGCAGAGCAAGCUACGGGACGUGCUCGCCUCCCUGCGAGCGAAAGUGGACACGGUGACCCUCAUCGACGACACCAAGGCCCAGGCAGAGAUCAAAGAGGAUGUUUACUUUGUCGUGCUUACCAAGGAGGAGGGAUCUGGCCUAGGAUUCAGUAUCGCUGGAGGCAUCGACCUGGAACAGAAAUCAGUGACAGUCCAUCGCGUUUUCACCAGGGGUGCCGCCGGUUUGGAAGGUACCAUCCACCGUGGGGACGCCAUCCUGUCCAUAAACGGCACCAGCCUGAGAGGACUGACGCACGGCGAUGCCCUUUCCUGUCUGCACCAGACCAGGCUCCCCAGACAGGCCCUGGUGGUCAUCCAGCGGGGGAAGGACAGCGAGCCGCCAUCCCCCAGACACGAACCCGGCCUACACGCUGUGCACUCCUCACCUCUGACCUGCAGGGACCACAGCAGGGCAACAGGCGCAGUGGUGGAGGUGGGGGCAGACGGGGUGCUUAGCGUGGAGCUGCAGAAGACCUCUGCUGGCCUUGGCUUCAGUCUAGAUGGAGGCAAGGCCUCCGCCCAUGGUGACAGACCACUCAACAUCAAGCGUGUCUUUAAAGGUGGCGCAGCUGAGCAGUCCAGGGUCAUAGACGUCGGGGACGAGGUGCUGGCCAUCAACGGCAGGUCCCUGCAGGGCCUGAUGCACUAUGAUGCUUGGAACAUCAUCAAGACAGUGUCCGAGGGCCCCGUGCAGCUGGUCAUUAGGAAGCCCCGGACCUCCGUAUGACCAAGUUUGGCCGCACCGCAUGUCUGAUUCUCCUGAGUAGAUUUUGGAGUGCCAAAUUGGAGACAAGAGGACAAACUGGUUGUGUGUGUGCGUGCAUGUGUGUGAGUGUGUACAGUGUGUGUAAAUACAACAGGACUUCAGUUUUAUCUUUUGAUACUUCACUUUUCUACAGUUGUAAUUUUUUUGUCCAUGAGAGAAAACCUUCCCAGACAGAGACAGUGGGCAGCCACCCCAAACUGAAGUUAUUGACCAUUUGAUAUUUAUUAGCGCACACCCACAAAUCCAACAGACUUUCCCUCUCCCUCUCUCUCUCUCUCUGAAGUGUCCUCCUCACCGCAGUCAGGGUCUGACUCUUUGCCUCUAAGCAGUGUCUCAAUAGCAGACAGAGCCGUAAAUCACCUGCUGUGUGACCGGACCGGAAGACAGACGUAUUGUGUUUCGUCUUAACCGACUGUGUAACUGUGUCUUCAGACUGCCUCUUCAGUCUUCCUCGCAGUGGCCACCUCUGGUCCUGUUGAACAGACCAAAAGAGUUUUCCACUGAGCGCACAGUGGCUUCAGGGCCAUAUACAGUACUGUUUUUUAUUUUACAUUUCAGAGUCCCUUAACCUACAGUGGUCACUUUUUGUUAUAUGUAUUUUACUAUAGAACUGGUUGCUACUGCGGGGAAAAAAAUAGGAUUGCAAAUAAGAUUUGUGAGGAAUUGCUAUUUUCCCUCUCUUGGCACCACUGUUUUUGACUGCUUUUUGGCCUGGCCUGUUUGGAUGGGAGCAACCUGGAGGCAACCUGACAGCAGCCUCACUGACAGGAGGAAGAAACAGGGACAGUGAUUCAUGUGUGAAAUAGUUCAUGCCAUUCUCUGCCUGGACUUUGCCAUGCUGAUUUGGAGGCCAUCAGGUCUAUUCAAACCUCCUGUGCUAUUCAAGCCGUCAAGGUUCAAAAUAGCAGCCCAUAGCUUGUGAAGCUAUUAGCCGCCACGCAGCAUUCAACAAUAAGAGUAAAUGCAAUUCGCAAGAUUUGCAAUUGAGGUGGGGGGG